AUGGUCAUUCAACAGGCCGGCCAUUUUUGCCCACCGGCCGGCCAUUUUUUGCCAAGCACCGGGCUGUUUUCGCCGGCCGGUGAAGUAGAAGCUUCGGCCGGUGAAGUAGAAGCUUCGGCCGGUCAAUCCAAAGCUUCGGCCGGUGAAGAAAAGCUUCGGCCAAUGAAGGACAACCUGGCUAAUUUUAUGGCCAGUAAAGCAAAAACCUGGCCCCCAGGGGGCUGUGACCGGCCGGACCGUUUGAAGCAGGACAACUCCUGCCCGGCCGGCCUGUUCGUGGAGUCAGGCAUAUUCCACGACGACGCGAUCAUGGAAGCCCUCGACGAUGCGUAUGUAGACGCGUUCCGAGGUGUCGACAACAUGUUUAUGAUGCUUGGAAUCGACAUGCCCGAGUAUUGUUCCGCACUCGCCACCUACCGCAUCGCCGUUGUGGCCCUCCUCCGCGAACACUUCCCCGUCGAGGACGCCGAGUUAACCAAGUCCUAUCGAGUGCCCAAGGAGCAGCGCAGGCUUUCCAUAGUGACUCGAAACUACGACCAGCUGCUCUCUCGGGUGCUCUACAGUUUGUUGGAACGCGAUGACGGCGGAAACUUGAAGCCCUUACCAUUCCUCACGAUCAGCGUCUUCCGGGACCUCCACAGGGCAUUCAGCCAGACACCUUUGGCUUUCAAAGAGGUUGCUGGUUGGUUCGAGGGGCUCCAUUGGUACUACCGCGGCUCGAACGCCGCAACGCAAGACUUCAACGACGCGACCAAUGCCAUCUUCAUUGCUGCGAACAGAUGGAGGGCGGAAGAAUUGAACGCAGCCCAGCAUCAUACUAUCCUGGAUAGGUAUGACAAUAUUGCCGACGUAUUCAUAUUGGGAAAGGCGCACCUCAUGCCUGACCUCGAGCACAGCAUGUCGGACAUCACCAUCCAUAGGCCGACAAACAAGCAGGCGCUCAAGGCGAUCGUCGCGUCGGGGGCUGUGUAUAAGAACAAACAGCUCAUUCUGCCUAAAUCCGACUCUGUUGUCGUUAAUCCGGCGGCGCUGAGGUUCUGGAACGGCAUGGGUGGGCUGUACUCAAUCACAACUCAUCAUAAUGCGUUGCUACUCAAGGUCGGGGUUAAGCCCCUCCCGAGGAAUGGGUAUCCGACGGAGUAUCCAGCCAAUCCUUUGGGAUACCGACUCAUUCGCAGUGGCACCUCUAGAGACAUCCUCCGAACGGCAACUAGCAUGAAGGAAGUCAGGAGCUACGAGUGGCUGUACGCUGCGGCGGUUGUUGAGGAUUCCAUCAUUCGCACCUAUCGCACGAGCAAAGUCUUGGGCAUCUUGCCCAGCAAUCUACGGUUUCUCUUGCGAGAGGCGAUGAAUAUCUACAGCCACGUCGGACAGCCUGACGACGACGACGAUCCGUUUGCGACUAUGGGGACCUAUUUUGCGUUCUGGGACCAGCCCACGGAGCCUGACGACUUCGUAAUGAAUGAGGAGAUCUGGCAUAGCGUGACCAUCGAGGACAUCGUGGAGAAAGUCGGAUUGCUGCAGGUAGCGUCCAGCAUGCAGCUGGAGCGAAAGCAGCUGUGCGACCUGGUUGCCACGCUCGAGGCCAGCCCCCUUGGAAAGUAUCGUGUACCGGAUACUGGGAACCCAAAGCGGACUGCACCGCUGUCGAGGGAGUGGUCGUUAGCUAUGGAUGCAAUAGUACAGGCAGCCAUUCAGACAUGCACCAGACGACGUCUCUGGAAGGAAGGAGAAUCAGAGAGUUUGCCCUUCGACAGAACAACGGUAGAUUACGAGAUGCCAUCGCUCGUGUCGGAGGUUCACACCCACAGAAAAAGCGUCGGGCCUAUAUUCAGACUUCAUGAAAGCAAAGGCCAAAAGAAGUCGGAGGCGUCAGGAUCGACUAGCAAGAGAGAGGAGAAGUCCGCGACAAAGCCUACUGUCGCACCAGCGCAGGGAUCCAAGUCCGACGCUAAGCCCAGUGGCGACAACUCGAAGCCUGAGCCGAUGAAGGGAAAGCGCAAGUCGGGGCCUCCCAAGUCGCGUGCCAUCAUCUUGGACAGUGACGAGGACGCUCCCUAUGAACUGGAUCCAGAGGUCGACGACACCUUCGACAACGCACUUGCGACGCAGACCUUCAUACCCACUCCAGACGACGAUGAAAUCAUGAGCAUCCCAGACAGUGAGCAUGUUGAAGUACUAGAGACACCGGCGAAUGCGCCACAGGCACCCCGUCAUGUCGAGACCCGUCCGACAAAGCCACAGCCCCAGGCCGAUCUCCCAGUGACGCCUCCACGACGUGAGAACACGUCGGCAGCGGGACCUCGAGACAAGUCUUCCGGAUUUCAGCCACGUAAGAUGACGGGUUCAUCGGGAACGUUUACGGUGUUGGAGCCAGGCAAGCCAGGACUCUACGACUUUGAUGCGCCGUCUACUGAGGAGCCUCCCAGUGCGGCUGCCAUUGCACGGGUGCUACAGAACGUGAAGGCGAGGAUAAUUCCUGUUGAGGGACACCGCCGGGUAAACCCCCGGGUGUCCGGGGGCUUACCCGUACCCGUACCCGCCCGGGUACCGUACCCGCACAACGGGUACGGGUCACGUGCGGGUACCGCGGGUCUGCGGGUCCAUGAGCGGGUGCGCGAGCAGAUGGGUGGGUGA